AUGGCUCUUACUGGGGCUUGUUACGAUCAGUUGUACUGUAGCAGUGUUCUGCUAGCAUGGGGUGUUCUUUCACCCGUUAGCAAAGUACCCCGGACCGCGGUUGGCAAAGAUCACCAACUUGCAUACGGCCAGUUCUCGCUCGAAGGAGCCAUUGAAAUGGCCUGGCUCAUGGGUUAUAUCCGCCACUUUGGCGGAACAAUAGACGGGACUCCAUACUCGGGGUGGGUGGACUCGAAGACCAAGAAGCCAGUGGCUGAUGUGGAUAUCAAAACAGUAUAUGAAAAGAGGAUUUUGACCCAUAGUGGUAUCCAGCUGGUCCAGCCGGAUCAAUUCGAAGAUCCAAGGUUUCUGUACGAGAUUAUACUGCAGGAAGACUUGAAACCGCUGCAUGUCCGGCUUCUCAAGGGCGCAAGACUUUACAUACCUCGCGCCAUGAACAGCAACCGCACGGUGGCAGGUCUCAUUCCAUCAGGCUGGGACCCGCGAACAUACGGCGAUCCCGAGGACGUCGUGACGCAGGUUGAUCCCGUAACUCUAUACACGCUCGUCAGUACGGUCGAGGCACUUCUCUCGUCCGGCAUCACAGAUCCAUAUGAGCUCUAUCAAUAUAUCCACGUCUCAGAGGACGUCCUCCAAGAGACAUUCAUCAACACAACUGGUGCCUGGGUCAACAUGCUUCUCCUCUCAGCAGCCGGGCCCCUCCGCACUCCGGUGGGUGCAUGCGCAACAGCAAUCGAGUCCUUGGAACUAGGCUACGAGACUAAUGCAACCGGCAAAGCCCAGUUCUGCCUUGUCGGCAGCUGCGACGUUCUUAUCCCCGAGACCUCGCGCGAGUUCGCGAAUAUGAAGGCGACUGUCAACACCGAGGAGGAACUGGCCAGGGGCCGACCCCCCACGAGAUGUCUCGUCCGACAACCAGCACCCAUGGGGUUGCCUAUCCGUGGCAUUGUGGCAUUUGUCAAUACCUCCAGCGAUAAAGCCGGCCGCUCAGUUCCGGCACCUGCUAGAGAGAUGGCAUUGCAAAACCUCGACGUUGAGGUUUCAGCAGUGGCCGCCCAGGAUCCAACAGUCAAUGUCGACGCCUACGUCCACGAACGCCGUCAGCAACUCCUCACUGACUUCACCCGUGAAGAAAGCGAAGCCCGCUUCAAAAUAGGCGACAAUUUCUGGUGUAAUGACCCCCAUAUUGCUCCCCUAUCUGGCGCCCUGGCGACCUGGGGCCUAACAAUAAACGACCUGACGGCAGCCUCAUUCCACGACACAUCAACAGUACUAAACGACAAGAAUGAGUCUAGCGUCAUCCAAACGCAACUCCGCUCCCUCGGCCAUUCCAAGGGCGCGGCGGGGGCGUGGAUGCUCAACGGCGCGCUGCAGAUGCUUGAAUCUGGCCUGGUCCAAGGGAACAGAAAUGCCGACAAUAUUGCGUAUAUCCAACGACCUAUUCGCGUUGGCGAUUUGCAGGCCGUUUGUUUGACUUCGUUCGGGUUUGGGAAGAAGGGGCGCAGGCUAUCGUGGUUCACCCGCGGUAUCUGUUCGCUACUUUGGCUGAAGAAGACUUCCAGGCUUACACGGAUCGGUGUUAUGUCCGUCAGAAGAAGCCGAUAUGUAUUCCUAUGA